AGGGAUGAAUUGAAGAACACAACGUUGGCGCGUGGAAGAGAAGCGAAGAACACAACGCUGGAGCGUGGAAGAGAAGCGCCAUAGCAAGCCCUCUUUUCUAUCUUUCUAAGUUUUUAUAGGAUGUGAUGGACGGCCAAGAUUGAUUCUCCAACGGAAUAGCCACAUCAGAUCUUUUAUAUGUCUGGUUUGCCCUAACCCCAUAUAUCUGAAAGGGAAAAAAAAAGAGAGAAAACAGGGGAGAGCUGUACGCGACGCUAUCGGGGUGUGGCGCUGCAGAUCCAUGGAAUUUGGAGGACCCCGGAUUCAUCCAUAGCGCGCGCGCGAGAGAGAGCGAGAGAAGCGAGGGAUUGAUUGGCAUUGCUCUAGGGAUGGCUGACUUUGGGGCUAGAUGGAAUUACGCUACUGCUGACAGGAGGACUCCAUCGCCCUCGCCAAAGAGACCCCGACGAGACUACGAGAGAACUUACGAUGAUCGAGGUGGCUGGGGAGGCCGCGAAGGCGAUCAACUCACAACAUCCUCGGAUCUCUUGCGCAACGGGCUUUCGUUUGCGGGACUUUCCUCGGACUUGGGAUUGUCUGGAGUCGGGCUCGGCGUGAGUGGUGCUGCCAGUUUGAGCGCUCUCGGGGCCGGGCUAUCAGCGCUGGAUGAUUCGUCGCUGAUCACGCAAACUUCCCAGAUGAUGGGAUACGACGUUGCCUGCUUAGCCGGAGCUCGAUCCAACUUGAACAUCAACACCGGCGAUGGCCUCCCUCACGACGCAUCCUCCACUCUUUUCGUGGAUGGAUUGCCAUCGGACUGUACGCGCAGAGAGGCAGCACAUAUCUUCCGGCCAUUCAUCGGUUUCAAAGAAGUUCGGCUUGUUCACAAGGACGCAAAGAGAGCAACCGGGGAGAAGCUGGUCUUGUGCUUCGUGGAGUUCAUGGAUGCCAAGUGCGCGGCCACGGCCUUGGAAGCCUUGCAAGGUUAUAAGUUUGAUGAGAAUGAUCCCGAUUCGUACGUUUUGCGACUUACGUUUGCUCGAUACGGCCCGAGAGGUGCUCCGCGAUCUCGAUCCCCGCUUAGAGUCCGAGACCGAGCACAGUUUGCCAACAACACCAACAACAAUCGCAGAGAUCGACGCCGUUAAAAAUUCUCUCUAGAGAAAGAAAGAGAUUGAGAGAGAGAGAAAGAGAGAGAGAGAGAGACGAGAACCUCCUUUGUUUUGCCACCACCACCUUGAGCUUCUUCUCGCUUUUCUCCACAUCCUGUUCGAGAUCUUCGUCUGGAACACGAACGAAUAAAAGUAGUCAAGAGAGUGAGAGAGCUUUCCAAAACUUUCUCCUUUCUUUUCCUUGCUGCUGCUAA